AUUAUCUUUAGUUCUGUCGCUGGCUCUCGGGGUGUAAUGUUUUGCUGGUGUGAAAAAUAACAAUAAGAUACGUGUUAGCAAGUGAACCGCACUGAUUAGUGAAGCGAUCAGGUGAAAAUUAUGCUAAAACCGGAGAAUGAGUAAUCGUGCAAUUCGCGAAUAACUGCUUACCGGAUCCGUGAUGGAUUCCAAAAAGGAUAUCUACAAUUUGUGGGUGCAAUAUACGACGAAGAAUGAAGAGAUCUACUUCCGCCAGUUCAUCCAGGGAUUCGUCAGCAUCUGGCAGAACCAGCUUCUGUUGGACUUUGAAAAUGUUCCAAACUGGGCAACCAUUUCUUCGGAUUCAGGACCACACCUGAAUCGACUGCCGGAAGAGUUGCUGCCAGCUAUUGAAAAAUUUCUGAUAAUUGCACGGGAUAAAUUCGAAAAGGCAUCCAGCAUCGAAGCAAACGAACAGGAAGAUGAAACACUGCUAGAAAUACAAUUGCUAGUGCAAUGUUUGACAAUAAUUUGCCGCCACUUUGACAACAUCGCAACUAUCAUUAAAUCGAGCUACAUAUCAAGCUGCGUAGUUAUAUCGAAUGCAAUCAUUAAUAAGCUAAGCCACCAAACAGCAUUGAGUGCAGCUCAGCAGCAGUUCAUCAAAUGUUUCAGUAACUUUCUUGAAGUUCUUUAUGACCCUUACUUCACCUGGAGAAACUUUCUGCGUGGAGAAAUAGCAGACUACGCACGAUUAAGCUACAAAAUAUCGCCUAUGCAUGCCGAGAUUGUGCCAUUCGUCUACGAUUGUUUCCAGGUGAAAAACGUCUGCUGUUAUCCAGAGAUUGGGAAGGAUCUAUUCCAUAUUCUGGGUGCAGUGAUUUCUGGAUCACAGGUUGCUUUAGAACCUGUUGCCAAACAAAAUAUUAACUCCUACUAUCUAAACAAUUCUACUGGUGAAGGAAUAGCAAAUGUGCACAAUGGAUUACGUGCCAUAAGCCCUGCGACUGUUACCAUUAUAAUGGAUAUUGUUUCCAAGUGGGAAAGUGAUUCAAACCUACGCCAGCUCGUACUACAAUGUUUCACCCUAACGGCUAUUAUAUUACAAAAGUCUAGUCCUGAACAGCGCCAAAUCGAUUUACUUACCAUUUUUCAACUGUACGUGGGAGCCGUUCUAACCCUUUUGGAAACGGAUCACUUCCUUCAGAAAAAAUCACCAGCUGACAGUUUCGAACUGUCACAAAGUGGCAAUAAUUACGUGGAUGUAGGUGCGUUAAAUUCAAUUAUCGGAGCAAUAGAACACUUACUACCGGAAUACGUCAACAAACAAGUGCUGUGCAAUGCCAUGUUCGAAGCUAAGUUUCUAUCCACUUUGGUUCAGAUCCCGGAUCGCGUUAAGUCUUGGAACAUCGAUCAUCAACCUAUUGGCUCAACGCUGGUGAGAAGUUUUCAUAAACUUUGCAGUAGUUCUGAGAAGAUCCAGUACAAUCUAAUGCACACCAAUAACGUAAACAUUCUUUUCGACGGUUUGGCACAAUUUGGUAAGCCCUCGCAUGACUUGAUUUGCGAUUGUCUGUACUUUGCUUUCGAUGGAGGCGAUAAUCGCAACCUGAAUGCUCGUAUUGUCAGUAAACUAGUCGAAUGGAUCCCGGCAAUGGGCGAGAUGGAACAGAACUAUCUCAGCGAUGUAUUGCUGAAAAAAUGCACCGCCAGUUUACAAAGUAAACAUUCCAUCUGCGAGCAGCGAAUGAUCAAACGAAUCGUGGUGAGCUGUCUAGAGGAUCAUAGCCGACUGUCGGCAAAGUGUUCAAUUAAUUUGCUGAAAUUGAUAGAGGAACUCGCAAAACACAGCAUACUUCCAAUUGAGCUCAAGUGUUUAUUCGGACUGCUCAGGAAUGAACUGAACUUCGAGUAUAGAAAAAAUUUGGUAGAAGUUAUUUUGCGAGUUUCCCAGCAUCGAUUGUCACUUGGAACAAGUCCCAAAGAAUAUUUGGAUAUUCAGAGUAACACGAAUGGGAUCACUAUUCCGGAGAUUCGUAAAUGGGACACAGCGCACGGUUUUGUUUUUCAUGCCUGGAUUCGAUUGGACAAAGACAUUGAACUUUUCAGUGAUGACGAGGAAAUAAAUUUGCAAAAUUAUCGCAGACAUCUGUUCAGUUUGACGACAAACUUCGGAACAGGAUAUGAGUUCUUCAUCCAGAAGAAUGGCAACUUUGUCGUAAGUGUUAUAACCAAAAAGGAGUUUUUCACGGCAACUGUCCAGUCGACACAUUUGUUGGACGGCCGAUGGCACUCGAUUACCGUCGGUGUGGUUCCGCCAAAGAGGCUGUUCUCAUAUCAUCAAAUUAAUGUGUACAUCGAUUCGGUGCAGAAGUUGGGAUCCACAAUGAAAUAUCCGGCAUUUGCAGAGCUUUUCCACUACUGUGCCAUUGGCGCACCCUACAAUAAUGUCCGAAAAGUUACACACACAUCCCAUCAGUCAAAUUCUGCUCGAAUGGGCAGCACGACAUCAGAAGGCACACCUCCGCCCAUCGAGAAGGAGGAGAAACCCAGAGGUGGACUUUUUCCCAACCUAAUCGAGCGGACAUUCUUUCCCGGGAUAGUGUCACAAGUUCCCAGCUAUUUCACGCUCCCGGCUCGACCAUCGCAUUCUUCACUGGAUCCAAGCGUAAAAUCUUACCCGAUCGGGAUGCAAGAUCUAGUGUUCGGUGAAGCCAUAUGCCUCAAAGGUCAACUGGGCAGUAUUCUACUAGCGGAUACAAAUAUAAAUUUGAAAAGUUUAUUCGACGCAGGUCCCAGUAUUGCAAGUGUCCUUGCUACGGAUAUGAUCGAAUCUUUCGAUAUGGCAUCAAAGUUCGUUUUUUGUUUUUCCCCUCGUGCAUGCUACGAUGGGUUAUGCCUGGACCUUGCUCCAGGGAAUCAGUAUAAUGGACACGUAGUUGCCAAUGCAUCCAGCAUAUUAUCUGUGCAAAAUGCUAUCAAUGGAGUAGGAGGAAUGAUGUCGCUGUUGCCUAUACUGGAUUGUAUCAGUCAAAUUCCAGCGUCGGAUGUUCUCACCUCGAAUGAGCUGAUACCGCUGACACCGGUUGCAUCGCCAACCCGGGAAGAAUAUUUCGGUGAUUGGGAGAUGCUGCAAUCUAAUUCACUCACAGAGUCAAAAAUCAUACAGAACCCAAUUGCUUGUUUCAUCUGCUUGAUAAGAAAUUUUAUCCAUGGCAAUGACCUCAAUAAAGAAAGUAUCCUGAAAAACGAAGCCAUUUGUAUCAUUAGCCAGCUCUUGCAGAACUGCAAUGAAGCUCUGUUUGAUGUAAAUGUUCUAAUGGCUGUCCAACUUCUGAUUGAAUCGAUUCAAAAUGAGAUGCCGUCUGCUAAUAUGGAUAUGCUGCAUGUGUUGUACAAAGAUUUGGUGUUCAAUUUUCGUAUUUGGGCUAGAGCUCCAUUCCAGAUCGUCAUUGGGCACGUACAGUACAUCAGUGCUAUCAUAAAGGAUGAUAGAAAGUAUUUUCGGAAACAUUUUGGGACACAGUUUAUGCUAGACGUUAUCCAGGAAUUUUUUGCUGGCACCUGCACUCUUCCCGGGCAGGAUGCAAAAAUGGUGCGCGACUCGCUGCUUAGGAUUCUUCGUUACUACAUUCAGAAGGAGGUCAAUAUCAAAGAGAUCUCCGCCCUGCUUAUUUUCUUGACCACCAUCAAAGUCGAGUCGGUGGUGAUAGAAAUACUGGAUAUGCUCACAUCGCUGAUAGAGAGCAAACAUGCGAAGGAUCAAAUAUUCCUGCUGAUGUACGAACCCAACAUGGCAGAAGCACUGUACACAUUGUUUAUGGAUCGCCACUUUGGUGGUGAGGUUCACAAGCGACUUCUAAAAUUCAUCGGAGGAAUGUUGAACACGAAGCGUAUCUCCAGCAAACAUAAAGCCGCCCUGCGUCUGUAUGACAGUUCAAUCGAGUGCAACAGUUUAUAUCCUGGGCUGUUCUCGUUUAUGAUACCGUUCGAUUUGCAGCCGGAUGUGAUACUGGGAUUACUGGAUUUGAAUCUCUGCCAGGACACCGAGAUGGGGUACGCCGGGGCACUAUGCUUAAUCUAUCAUGCCAAUUUAGCCAGUUUGACGCUGAAAUUGGAAAUUGCCAAAAGAUUAAUGACGUGCACAUUCACAAAAUCUAAAGCGCCGCAAAUGAUCGCCAAACAGGUUGGUUGGCAGGAAUCGAUUGCCCGUUUGCUCAUCAAGAAGCCUGUUGAGAAUCGUUCACUUUCGGAGAAAGAAAAGGAAAAGGGGAAAAUACUGACCGACAUAGAAGAAUUUGUUAAGCGUGAAAGUGAAUCAUCGGUGGGAGUGGGUCAAAAUGAUUUGAUGAUUUUCGAUGACGAAACUAUGGAGUUGAAGGUUCCGGAAACUCCAAAACAUUCGAACUCGUUUAUGACGGAAGCUGCUACCGUGAUUGAACAAGAAAUUAAAGAACUCGCCGAUAGUGUACAGGGGGCUGUUAAGGAUAAUAUCACAUCGUCUAUAACCUCUGUUUAUUCGGCCAUCCGGCAAAAGACCUCGGAUAUUCAGGAUACGUUAGAAUCACUGACGCUCAGCUUCGAGGAAGCAUCAGGGCGAAAGAAAAGCACAUUGUCUUUAUCAAGCAGCAGUGAGGAGAAUAUAUCUCUCGACGAGUCCCUGGCAGUCUCUUCGGUGCGAGAUGACACGCAUUCUACCAGAAGUGUUGACGAUUUAGAUAGUGCUCUUACCGGAGAUGACGAUACCAAUCCGAGGUAUGUGGAGGACAACGACGAAGAGAAUCUUGUGUAUUUAGUGUCGAAUAUUUUAUUUACCAUUUUGUGGCGUGGAGUGGAAAACUCGAAUGAUUCGUGGAAAGAACGAGGGCAAGUCAUGGCGUGUAUAAAUCUGAUAGCACUAAACAAUGAAUUGUACUGUUCGCAUUUGAGUUUAAGGCUGCGCAUUUUGGAAAUGGGAGUGCAAGCGGCUCUGAUUGAUUUAAGUGAAAACGCACAGCUCGCCAUCACUCAUCAGCAGAAUGCAGCACAGCUCCUGAGACUGGCAUAUGAUCUGGUGGUUCUCGAUCCGAACGAAGAUGAUACGAAAAAGUGUUCGACAAAGUUACUUGAUGGUGUUUUAUCACUGUUGGACAUUUUGGUGGUGUUUCAGCAAAGCAGCUCGGACGAUUGGUCUGAAAUGUCUCACUUGUGUUUGGGGCUACUGCUAAAGUGUUCUAAUAAUCCUAACUCGGGGAUCGUAGCGAUGGCCACGGCUAAGCUGCACGCUCUGCUACAGAACAGAGUGAAUCAAGAUCCAUCAGAAGCUGGAUAUCUUCUGUAUAGUUUGAACCAAGCCAUUAGUAGUGCAAUUGAGGUUGGUGAUUCAGAGCAGUAUUCAUUUUUGAUUCCCGUGCUUAAAGCCUUGCUGGAGAAAUCUCGUUUGUUGAUCGGAUUAACAACGAAUGCGCCGGAUCUGCCGGCGACUUCAUCGGGACCGGUAUUUUUCCAGAAUUUCCAGAUGUAUUGUACCAGCAAGCAGUGGAGCAGUUUCAUCGAGAAAAAGAUUAAGCCUUUGUACACAUCGUACCAGAAAGACUUAUCCAAUUCUCUGUGGGAGCCGCUGAACACAUUUUGGGCCGAAUGCUACGAGUCGUGCAAAUUUUCGUCGCAGCGCCGUGCCAAGCUACAGAUGGAAAGCCGGCGGAAGUUCCAGGAAAGAAUAUUGAUACCCUGUCGGAUACGCCAGUCAGAGGAGCUCGCUCGCGUCAAUGUGCAGCAAACCCAGCGGAAAGCUAAAGAUGCACACGUCGACCGAAGGUGGCACAUAUUGAAGCGGUUUUUGUAUGGGCCCAAAGGAGCGUGGGCCAAACUCGCCAGCGAGGAAGAGUUUUGGCGUCUCUCACAUCACGAGAAUGGUGUUCGCAUGCGGUUGAAGUUGGAGCCGGAUGUCAACCACGAUCCUCAUACUGCGGCUUCUAAUAUGCGUGACAAUACGACGAGCCACUCGCAAAGUCGUCGCCUUUCGACCGAGUUAGGCUCAACUAUUGCGCCAGCCGCACUAGCUGACGAAAAUGUCGACGAGGACAUUCUUCUGUUGGAGGAGGAGAUGCGCAACAGUUUGGAACCGCAAGUACCCGAAACUUCCGGCAAGGAGAAAAUUGUCAUAUCACAAGAAUGUGAACUUAUCACGUUAAUGACGAGAGUCAAGGGACGGCUCGAUUUGACGACCAAUCAACUAAUUUUCUCCGAAAUCGGUGCCAUUAGGGACGACGGUCAACGUCACGAUUUCAAAUUUCCAAUUGCCCAAUUGCGAGAGCUACACUUGCGGAAGUUUAAUCUUCGCCGUAGUGCUUUGGAAAUGUUUCUCGUCGAUCAGACAAGCUACUUCCUGAACUUCACGACAAAAACAAGAAACAAAAUUUUCACUAAAAUUCUCAGUCUACAACCUCCAAAUAUUUUAUAUGGAUCAGGGCGGUCACCGGCAGAAUUAUUACGAUCUUCUGGAUUGACCCAGAAAUGGGUGAACCGGGAAAUAUCAAACUUUGAAUACCUGAUGCACUUGAAUACGAUCGCCGGUCGGUCAUACAACGAUCUAAGUCAGUACCCGGUGUUUCCGUGGAUAUUAGCGGAUUACACAAGUGACAUCUUGGAUCUUAACGAUCCGAAAUCUUUCAGGGAUCUUAGCAAACCAAUAGGAGUAGUUAAUCCGAAGAACGAGGCAGAAGUUAGAAGUAAGUUUGAGAGUUUUGAAGAUCCGUCCGGAAUGAUACCAAAAUUUCAUUUUGGUACCCACUAUUCCAACUCUGCUGGUGUCUUGCACUAUCUGAUACGAGUAGAGCCAUUCACUUCAUUGCACAUUGAGCUACAAAGCGGCCGAUUCGAUGUGGCGGAUAGGCAGUUUCAUUCCAUUCCUCAAACGUGGAAGCUUUUGAUGGAUAAUCCGAACGAUGUGAAGGAGCUUAUACCAGAGUUUUUCUACUUCCCUGAAUUUUUGAAAAAUAUGAACAAGUUUGACCUCGGUAUACUGCAGACAACCAAAGAACGAGUGGACGAUGUCGUUUUACCAUCCUGGGCAAAAUCUGCUGAAGAUUUCAUUGCGAUUCACAGAAGAGCACUUGAGUCGGAGCAUGUUUCACAGAAUCUUCAUCAUUGGAUUGACCUUAUAUUCGGGUGCAAGCAGAAAGGACCGAAGGCAGUGGAAGCGCUUAAUGUGUUUUAUUACUGUUCCUAUGAAGGGGCUGUAGAUUUGGAUAAGAUUACCAACCCAAUCGAACGUGAAGCGGUGGAAGGUAUGAUCAAUAACUUCGGACAAACUCCUUCACAGCUCCUGAGAGAACCCCAUCCGCGAAGGCUGUCGCAAGAUGAACUGACGAUGAAAUUACUCAAGUUGGAACUGAAAAAACCCGACUUAACACUGAUCCUUGAUCGUGUCAAUUGCAUCAACUGUGAACUAUCAUUCGACAAAGAUCCGGUGGUUUAUCUAAGUACACCACGUAGCCCGCCUCGAUCGUUUUUGCAGACCAGCCCGGAUAUGCUGAUUUCAGUAACGAAAAGCGGUAUUCUCGGCUGCAACAGCUGGAUGUCGUUUGAUAAAGAGAAAGGAUUUCUUCUGGAAAUCGAUGCCACUACCUCCAACCUCAAAAACCGUAAAAAACUGGUCGGCCCAUUCCAUCCUUCGAUCAAUUUGAAUUCAAAUCUAUUUGCCGUCAGUGUCGAUGGCAAGUAUUUGUAUUCCGGCGGCAUCUGGGACAAUUCAGUACGCAUAUUUAAUAUGGCAAGGGGAAAGGUGGUCGCCUCCGCGAUCCAUCAUUUCGAUGUGGUAACUUGCGUGGCGCUAGACAGCUGCGGAUCGUACCUGGUGACCGGAUCGAAGGACAGCACAUGCGUUAUCUGGUCAAUCAGCAAUAGCAAUACAGCCGGCCCAACCAGUGCUUCCAAUCUUCAGCCCAACACAGCAGCAUUGAAUCAGAAUCUAGCCGGAAAUGUGGUGGGAAGCGCCAACGUGGUGCAUCUUACCAAUAAUCUAACGCCGAAGCCGGUGCACACACUGUAUGGACACGAUGAUGCUAUUUCGUGCGUGUCCAUCAUGACUGAGCUGGACGUUGUGGUUUCCGGAUCGUUGGACGGAACUGUAAAUGUGUACACAAUAAAAGAAGGUCAAUUUGUAAGGACAAUAAAUCCGAUAGGAUGUACGGGUACGAAUAUUGAAAUCUCCUUCAUCACACUGUCCUACCAAGGGCACAUAGCAUUUUCAGCUCUAGAUGACACGUCCCAUUCAGUUCAUGUGUUCAGUAUUAAUGGUGUUAGUUUAGGCUCGAAGUACGUAUCCGGUCGUGUGACGGGGUUAACAACGGCAACCGACUUUCUUGUUGUGUCCGACGACGCUGGAGAUCUAACUAUGAGUCGUUUGUAUGGUUUGAAACCCAUAUUCGACAUUCCGUUGCAUAUUCCAACGCAAACAAUUGUUGCCACUGGAGGCAACACCCAUCUGCUGGCACCGCUUCGUGAUGGAAGUUUGGCUGUCAUCGGCAUCAUGCAACCAAUUGCGUACAAAAAACAUGCCGUGUUGAAUGUGUAAUUCAACCCAAAGGUAUCUUUAAAAUAUGCUGACGCAUUAGAGUUAGUCUCGUCAAUUAUCUAUAGUAUUGCUUAGUUUUAAAAGAAAUCGCGAACUUCUUAUAACAAUCCUCCAAUACAAAGCUUGUUUAGUAAUCAAUAACACCUGUUAAAGUACGGAUUUUAUAACUAUGAUUAAAAGUGGCAAAUUAGACACGCUAACCUCAUUAGUCAGAAAUGUUUAAUUUACAACGCCUGCAGGUAUGUAUUUUAGGAUGAUAAGCUUCCUGUAGCCGACUAGAGAAGUGUACUAGAGAACCUUAUGCGUCUGAUAAGUUGUAACAAAUAUACGGCAGAACUUAAACGCAGAGAUUGGUGUAAUAUAUUAAGUGUGAUUUUAGAAGAAUUGUUAUUUCUAAUAUAUGUUGUUAAUUUAUAAACAUUUAAAGUAAAA